AGAAAUGAUUGCAUAAUGUGUUUACUUCUCUCAAUGAUUUUAACGAGCAAUAUACAAAGUGAAAUAUUUAUAAUCAGAGGACGAAAUCAAGUCGCAUCUCCCACUUGAGUGUAAACUAACAAAAAUACAAAUUUACAUCCGAGCAGGAGUUCUACAGCUUUUCUUAUUCGUCGAAUAUUAAACAAACUUGAUUAGAACAAAGGUUAAUACCACUGUUGGACGGUGACUAAAAUUAUAUUUCCCGAGAUAAAUUUAUUCCGUUCACAUUGCUAUCACUUUUCGAGACGAUAGAUGUGUUUCGAUCGUACUAUAUUUGUGAUAUCCGCUCGGUAUGAUUAAGCAUUUAACAACCUUGGUUAGCAACACAGAAAUAAAGCAGUAAUUACGUGUCUAAUCAAAAAGAUAACGAGCUAUAUUUGACGAUGGCAAACGGAUUUCAAGGUGGAAGUAAGGGAUAAUAACUCUCAAUACGGUAAAUAUUAUUUUGAAGGGGGUUUUUGCAAAUACCGGUACAGAAUAGUGAAAGUGAUAUAUUUUCAAUAAUGAAAAUAUUAGUAGAGUGAUACUUUUUCAAUUCCUAUAUUAAUUUGUAGAGGUAUUUGCACAACAUCGAUGCGCUGCUGAAUCAUAACUGAUAACACACUUGCCAGUCAUAGAUAUAAACAUCACGCCUACAGGACACUCCUCACAAGUCAUUGAACUUUCAUCUGACUGCGGCUGUUGUUGCUUCUCUGCCAAACUUACAAAAUGACGUCCACUGGUCCAGAAAAUUACCUGCCUUACUAUGCCGAAGGAAACGUAGUCAAAGGAUUUGGUCGGGGCAGCAAACAACUAGGUUUUCCCACAGCAAACCAUGAUGAAGAAGUAGUUAGUAAAUUACCAUGUAGCAUGGACAAUGGUGUCUACUAUGGUUGGGCAAAUGUUGAUAAAGGACCAGUUUACAAAAUGGUCCUUAGUAUCGGAUGGAACCCCUAUUAUAAAAAUGAAAAGAAAUCUAUGGAAACUCAUAUAUUGCACACCUUCAAAGAAGAUUUCUAUGGUAAUUUAUUAAAAGUUAUUAUAAUAGGCUAUCUUCGACCAAUGGCAGAUUUUAAUGGUCUCGAUGAACUAAUUAAAGCUAUAGAAAAUGAUAUUGAAAAAGCGUCAACACUUUUGGAAAUGCCGAACUGUUUAUCUUAUAAAGAUGACAACUUCUUUGGAGCUGACGAGCAAAGUUGAUUAUCAAUGAGCAACAAGGAUGGAACAUUCUUUAUACAUCUACUUCAUUGUGAUGAUUGUUAAAUAUUAAUAUAAUAUAAGCAUUAUAUUUUAAAUUAUAUUGUUGAUUCUGUUGAAAAUACCAUGUUAAUUCCAUAACAUUCCCUUCUGCAAAUUUUUAUGAAAUCUAAAUGAAAAGAAAAAAAAAGAACGGUUACAUACAUGCAAACAUACAUGUGUAUAUAAGUCAUCUAUUGAUGGUGUCAUAUUAAAUGACACACAGAUGUAAAUAAUUUAUUUGUUGACUGUAAAUUUUACAGAAAUAUACAAACAUAGAAAAUUCAUUUAUUGAUAGUGCAACACAGACAUAUAAUUUUCAUCUUUUGAUGGAAGUCUAUAGACAUAUCUACUAUUUGUGUAAAAUUUACAGGCACAGAUAUAAAUAUUUCAUCUGUUGAUGGUAUAAUAUUUACUGAUGCACAUCAGAUAAGUCAUCUGUUUAUGGUAUUUAGAAUAUGACUGCUGAACAGAUUUUUCAAUGAGCUUCAAGGAAGGUUUUGUCACAAGUCUUUGCUAUAUUAUCUGAUGUGUUCUGUUGUGCAUCCUUUGUGGUUAAUGCCAUCAAAUGGGUCCAAUGUCAUUGAAUGAUUUCUCUUAUGAACAAAUGACCAAAUCUUCUUUGGAAGCAAAUGCAGAGUUUAAAAGAUUAAGUAAUGUAAAAAGAAUGGCAUUCAUAUUUUUCUUGUUUCUUAAUAUGAGGUCACUAACAAUGCAAGUGAAAUCAUGCAGAAUGAUUGAAUCCAGAUGAUUUUACAAUCUGAUUUCACUUCCUGAUUGGAGCCAUAGCAUUUUCAUUAAUUCAUUUACACCGUUUUCUCUUUUCUUUCUUUUUUUUUUUUUUGUGUAAGAUAUAUCAUGAACACCUCACAAUCUCAGUAGUCACUCUGCUCCACAUCUUUUUGCUUUAUGCAAAUGUAAGCAGGUGAUAUUGUGUAAUGUUAAAUGAAAUAUAAUGGGUGUUUAAAUAUUUCUAUAUUUCCUAGCUGUUUCAUUAACCAGCUUAAAUUACAUUAUCAUCAGAAGUCACUGACCAAAACCAAUUACUGGUUAAUCUUAUUAUAAGACAGUGUUUGGUUAAUUACUCUAUCAUAAAAUGCUAGUCAACAUUAUUAGCUCAUUAAGGAAUCAUAACACACUAAACCCAACACUAUAUGCAGCUAAUUAACCUAUCAUUAUAAGAUACUGACCAACAUUAUUUCAUACAAGCAUUUUCCAAAACAUUAAUUUCACCUCUUUAAAAAAAAAAAGAAGCAAAAUGCAAUUUUUAAGCAGUAUAUGAGUACCGUUAGUAGUCAUGUAUAUAAUAUCCAUGUGUUUGGGCCAGGAUUGAAUUUGUGAUUUUUUUUUUUUUAUUACAAAAAGGUCUUUACAUUUUUGUGGUAUAAGUUGAUCAGGUUACUGGGACCCCCCCCCCCCCCAAAAAAAAAAAGAAACAAAUAAUGCAGUUAACAGUCCUGAAAACUUAUCUUUCACUGCUUGUAACUAAUCUAAAAAAAAAAACAGGUAUAAAUUCAAUAACUUUAUUUUUGCUCAACAUCAGCCUCAUUGCAAUGUUAAAUAAAUGAUAAUGAUAAUAGUGUCAAAGUUCAGUCAGUUACAUUGGCUGACAUACAUGAAAUAUUUUGAUGGAACCAAAACGCUCACCCACCUGUAUGAUUCACAGUGAAUUUAAAAACCAUUUUUCUUUUUACCAACCAAAUUUAAACAUUCAUCAUUUUAAUUCUAAACACACACAAUAUGGUUUUAGUAUGGUUUUUGCAUUUGUUAAUAACAAUGGGUUUAUAUGAAUUAUCGCUAAAUUUAACAAAGAUAUCUAAUACAAGCAUGGAACUCUCAUAUCCAGUACUCAGAGUUUCUUUGCGCCAGCAAUGAUUUUUGUGGUGCUACCCACCGCAAAAAAAAAAAAAAAAAAAAAAAAACUUGACACUGACCCAACCCGUUUAACUGUCCAAUAACUCUGGUAGAUUUAAUUACGAGAGCUAGGUCAAAAAAUCAUUAUAUAUGUCUGAAGAUUGUGCAUACUUAAGAUUGAAACUAAAAUUAGUUUUAAUUUCUACUUUUAAUUUUUUGUAAUAAUUCAUUCUAUAUUUUAAAUUUUAACCAACCACAAUCUUCAUGCAUGUAUAAUCAUUUUUUUUUCUUACCAAAAUCUCGUAAUUAAGCCUAACAAAGUUGUUCCCUUUGAACAGUUAAAUGUUUCAGUGAUAUUUUAUGAGUUACACUGGUGAAGCUUUUUCCUUCACUAGUUAAUGAAUGGUGUCUGAAGAUCAGAUCAUAUAUCAGUUGCUGCUGGGAAAUUCCAAGUACUGGAUUUGAUACUUGUAUUUUAUAUCAAACAUAGUCCUCUCUGUCAUUUAUAUUUAUUACACAUGUGAUUUAUUUGUGUGUGUAUCUCUUUUUCUGUUAAUAUUUUUUCAUCAUUGUCGUGCACAAGUCAUGUAUUUUUGAUAUGCACUAAGUUUUCUCUACUUUAUAAAAACAUCAACUU